UGUUGAAACUUCCGCUCAUGCGCACUGCAUCUUCGACAUGGCGCUGGCAAAGACAGUCUACAAUCUCCUCUUCAGGAGGACGUCGACGUUCGCCGUGACCAUCAUGGUUGGAGCAGUGUUCUUUGAGCGAGUGUUUGACCAAGGUGGCGACGCGGUGUUUGAGCAGAUGAACCGCGGGAAACUCUGGAAACACAUUAAACACAACUACGAGAACAAAGAUGAGGAAUAGGACAAGGCUGACAUGACAGCGCCAUCACGACUCCAUUCCCCAUUCUUCCUGGAUUUACCACCAGAAUCCCACAGCUGUCAAAUUGGACAUUGUUUGCACCAUGUCUGAGGCUGGAAGAAACUCCCGCAACACCUUUGGAAGGUGGCUUCGUCCUUUAGCCACGUGAAGACGGAAUUUAACCACCCAUUUUCUUCUCGUCCCAUUCAUUGCUGAUGUCUAAACCCCGCUGUUCAACUCGCAGAUUGUGAAUUGUUUAUAUUAAACAUCUUUAUGUCGUCUAAGUGCAA